AUGGAGGGCCUGUAUGUCCGAAUCGUGGGUCCCACGAUGAUCGACCUGAAAGAGAGACUCAGAGUCAACUACGAGGAAAUCUCGCGAGUUCUCGUGUCUCACACCGUGGGGUAUUUCCUGUCGUCCGUGACCGGUGGAAUCUUGCUUGACUUCCUGCCUAAGUACGCGUACGGAGUGCUGGGGUCCGCGUUCUUCCUAGCUGGAGUGGGGACGGCGGGGACGCCCUUCACCACCUCCCUCGGAGGCCUGGGCUUCUUCCAACACGUGGCGGGCUGGGGGCACGGCUUCACGGACGCUGCUGGUACCGUGGUUUGUGUGUCCCUGUGGGGAGAGAAGGCGUCAGCCCCCAUGCACGCAAUGCAUGCCGGGUAUCCGAUUGCAGCGUUCAUCAUCCCUCUCAUCUCCAUCCCGUACCUGUCCCCGGACCGCCCCCCAGCGGACGCCAAUGGUACUACACUGCCUCCUAGAACCGUGGAGGAAGCUCGUCGACUGUCGCAAGUCCAGUGGCCGUAUUUGGGUGUUGCUGUGACUGAGUUUCUCAUGUGCCUGGUCUUCGUGUAUUUCCAGUACCGUAGCUUUGUCAGCCACCGCGAGAAUAAGGUAGAAAGCCAAGAAAGAGCUCCGAGGUCCUUCUCUGCUUUCUUCUCUCCAGGCCGCUUUCUCGAAGGCCAGAGUCGUAAGGCUGUCUUUCUGCUGGUCUUACUCCUCUUUUACUAUGCUUCGUAUCAGUCAAGCCAGCAUGCCUUUACCAACUACAUGGUGUCCUACAUGGUGGAGACGAACAUGUACACUAAACCCGAAGCCAGCGUGGUGUAUUCGACUUACUGGAUCUGUUAUGCUUCGAUGCGGUGGCUGUCUAUUGCCAUAGCCGCUUGGGUGCCCAUUCACGUGAUGCUGAGCGUUGAGAUCACCGUCGCUUGCGUGUGUUGCGUUGUGUUAGCUGUCUGGGGCGCUACAAACAAGGCUGUCUUCUGGGCUUUCACCGCGAUUCUAGGUCUUUUUGUUUCUCCUAUUUUCCCUGGCGGCACCGCUUGGGCUAAUCGCUACCUGGACGCUUCUUCUAUUGUCUUCGCCAUUUGCCUGUUUGGUGCAUCUAUUGGAGGAAUCAUUGCUAACUAUGUCACAGGGUAUCUGAUUGAGUUUUCUGGCCCGAGGGCUAUGUUGUACUUCUUUAUGGGUCUCGGUUGUGGGCUGUUGGUGGUUUUUGCUGUGAUGCAGGUUUCUGUGUCUCGUCCCGUCUGUGCUGAGAAGAAGAAGGUUACGAAAGAAGAAGUGGAGAUGGGCGACGUGAAAUGA